GGGCUAGAAUCCAACGUCCUUGGGGCUCUUCACAUGACAUGAUUCGAGCAGCGAGCACAGCCCCGCGACGCAUCCUUGCGACGAGUUUGCGCAUCAAACAUAAACACCUGACACCACCUCUCACUACUCGACUUUGUGUAGCUAUUGUAACUCCCACUACGCGAACGUAUACACGGCUGCGACGAGCAACAUACGCAACCAUGUCUUCCGCAACUUCCUUCUUCGACUUUAAGCCCGCGGACAAGAAGGGCCAACCCUACGACCUGGCCAAGCUGAACAACAAAGUCGUCCUCGUCGUCAACACAGCCUCCAAGUGCGGCUUCACACCGCAAUUCGCCGGCCUCGAGAAGCUGUACAAGGACCUGAAGGCGCAAUACCCGGAUGACUUUGAGAUACUCGGAUUCCCUUGCAACCAGUUUGGCGGACAGGAUCCUGGAUCAAACGACGAGAUCCAAUCCUUUUGCCAGGUCAACUACGGCGUGUCCUUCCCCGUGCUCGGCAAAGUGGACGUCAACGGCGACAAGGCAGACCCGGCGUUUGAGUGGCUGAAGAACGAGAAGCCCGGGCUCAUGGGGCUCAAGCGCGUCAAGUGGAACUUUGAAAAGUUCUUGAUUGGCCGCGAUGGAAAGGUCAAGGGACGGUGGGCUAGCACGAAGAAGCCCGAGGAUCUGAAGGCGGAUAUUGAGAAGGAGAUCAAGGCGGGAAAGGCUUAGAGGGUGGAAUAGGACGGACAUGAAGGCUGUUGGAGAGGGAGGAAGAAGUGUGAUACCAUAGCGAUCGUCAAGAGAUGUUGAUGCUAGAUUGGAACGUGAUUUCCAUGGAAUGCAAGAAGCUCUCAGAAUUGUUUUUGUUCGUUAA